UAAAGCCCCACUGGCUGCUGGUGGCGGCGCUGCGAGCGCUGAGCUGCUCGAGGAGAUGCGACAGGGCGCCGCGCCGCCGGCACCAUGCGCCCCCCGCCCGCGCUGGCCCUGGCCUCGCUCUGCCUGCUGGCGCUGCCCGCCGCCGCCGCCGCUGCCUACUUCGGCCUGACUGGGCGGGAGGUCCUGACGCCCUUCCCAGGGCUGGGCACCGCCGAGGCCCCCGCACAGGGUGGGGCCCACCUGAAGCAGUGCGACCUGCUGAAGCUGUCCCGGCGGCAGAAGCAGCUCUGCAGGAGGGAGCCCGGCCUGGCCGAGACCCUGCAGGACGCUGCCCACCUCAGCCUGCUCGAGUGCCAGUUCCAGUUCCGACACGAGCGCUGGAACUGCAGCCUGGAGGGGAGGACGGGCCUGCUCAAGAGAGGUUUCAAGGAGACGGCCUUCCUGUACGCGGUGUCCUCGGCCGCCCUCACCCACACCCUGGCCCGGGCCUGCAGCGCCGGCCGCAUGGAGCGCUGCACCUGUGACGAUUCCCCGGGCCUGGAGAGCCGGCAGGCCUGGCAGUGGGGCGUGUGCGGUGACAACCUCAAGUACAGCACCAAGUUCCUGAGCAACUUCCUGGGGCCCAAGAGAGGAAGCAAAGACCUGCGGGCCCGGGCGGAUGCUCACAACACCCACGUGGGCAUCAAGGCCGUGAAGAGUGGCCUCAGGACCACGUGUAAGUGCCACGGCGUGUCAGGCUCCUGCGCCGUGCGCACCUGCUGGAAGCAGCUCUCCCCCUUCCGCGAGACAGGCCAGGCACUCAAGCUGCGCUAUGACUCUGCCGUCAAGGUGUCCAGUGCCACCAACGAGGCCUUGGGCCGCCUGCAGCUGUGGGCCCCCGCCCGGCCGGGCAGCCCCACCAAGGGCCUGGCCCCACGGCCCGGGGACCUGGUCUACAUGGAAGACUCACCCAGUUUCUGCCGGCCCAGCAAGUACUCACCGGGCACGGCGGGCCGGGUGUGUUCCCGGGAGGCCAGCUGCAGCAGCCUGUGCUGCGGGCGGGGCUACGACACCCAGAGCCGCCUGGUGGCCUUCUCCUGCCACUGCCAGGUGCAGUGGUGUUGCUACGUGGAGUGCCAGCAGUGCGUGCGGGAGGAGCUGAUAUACACCUGCAAGCACUAGGCCUGCUGCCCGGGGUGCCCCGGGGGUGCUGCCAGGACCCCACUGGGCGCUCGGCCACUGUGAGCAACCCCCCCAGGCAGGGACACAGGGCAGGCAGACACUCCCUGAGGCACGUGCCCUUGCGCACGCCUCCUCUCUUGGCCGGGCUCAGCCACCUUUCCCUCCCUCGACACUCCAAGGAGAGAGGCUCUGGGGGGAGGGAGGACUCCAGCACGGAGGGCCCCAGCCUUUUAGAGCAGGAGCGCUGAGUCGGAAAGGAGGUGUCGGGCGGAAGAAGGGAGACCAAGAAGAGGCCAGGGCGGAGGUUUUUUAGCGGGGUGACAUCCUGCUCUCUCCAUGCCUCCGGUGAGUGGCCUAGAGCCAAGCAAGAGGUUGGGAGGCGAGCUUCUGGGCCAGCGGGGCACGGGGAGGCAGUGUCCGCUGGAGUCUGGCCGGGAUCGGUCCUCCUGGCCUUGCUCAGGUCACAGUGAGCCCUGGGGGCCAUGCAGCUCUACCCCUGGGGGGUUUUGCCACGUUAGAGGCUGAGGGGAGAGGCAGGGAGGGAGGGGCUGUUUGUUCGCAGAAAGCCAGAUACAUGCCCCAGGGUCCCGUGUCCUUGACUUGGCUUUUAAAAUGCUCACUGAGGUCUCAUUCUUGCCUGGAAAGCUGAGUUGUCCUCACCCACCCAGCCUUGCUCGGUAAGAGCCCUAGUGGAUGCGAGGCUGAUGGGGUCACACAGUCCCCGGGUGGGUGCAGCUAGCGCACCGAGGCUGGACAGAGGGACAGUGACCCCUCCCCUGUGUUCCGGCUGGGGAAACUUUAGUCCCAGCCCGGGAGAGGGUGACAGCCUUUGGUCUGAGGCAGAGACACAGGGAGUUCAGUCUCUCAGCCUCCCCGUAAGCCCGGUUUGGUCCACUGCCUGUGGCCGCGGUCCACCCGUGCCGUGAGGCCCCAACACAGCUGACAUCCGUGACCCAGAAGAGUUCUGACUCUGCUUAACAUUGCCACUCUGAUAGCUACUCAUCUAAUUAAGCUUUUGCCCUGGAGUUACAGGCGCAGGAACGUCUUGGCUAAGCCUGGUUCCUUGGGGGCCCCCUUCACUCACGGAUGGCCCCCAUUCUGGCUCUUACCUGAGGAA